AGCCAGUGUAAAAAUGAAGACGAUUCUGUCCUCGGAGACCAUGGACAUCCCGGACGGCGUCACCGUCAAGGUGAAGGCCAAGGUCAUCGAGGUCGAAGGUCCCCGCGGCAAGCUCACCCGCAACUUCAAGCACCUCAACCUUGACUUCGAGCUCGUCACCGACGAGUCCACCGGAAAAAAGAAGCUCAAGAUCGAGGCCUGGUUCGGCACACGCAAGACCAGCGCCGCCAUCCGCACCGCCCUCAGCCACGUCGACAACCUCAUCACCGGCGUCACCAAAGGCUACCGCUACAAGAUGCGAUUCGUCUACGCUCACUUUCCGAUCAACGCCUCCAUCCCAAACUCCAGCAACGCCAUCGAGAUCCGCAACUUUCUAGGAGAGAAGAGAGUCCGGAAGGUGGAGAUGCUCGACGGCGUGACGAUCACGAGGUCGGAGAAGGUGAAGGAUGAGCUCGUUUUGGACGGGAAUGACAUCGAGCUGGUUUCGAGGUCGGCGGCGCUGAUCAAUCAGAAAUGCCAUGUGAAGAACAAGGACAUUAGGAAGUUUCUGGAUGGGAUCUACGUCAGCGAGAGGAGCACCAUUGCCACCGGUGACGAAUGACCGAUCAGUUCACAGUCGGUAGCUAUUUUUUGUUUAAUUUUCGAGCUUGUUUCGAUUUUCUUUUCUAUUAUGCGAGUGAGGAAAUUUUGAUCAGGAAUUAUUGAUUACUUAUAUAUAUAUAUUUAAUUUAAUGUUUAAGCA